UCAGCUUCACUAUAAUGGCACGACGUAUUUUCAAACUUGCUUCUGUGACUAGCACUGUACUGGUGGCUUCAGGCAUCUACCUAGACAAAGCCGGUUACUUGAACAUGAAUGACGUUAGUGGUAUUCGUGCUGGCAGAGCAGUAUUCACGACUGCUGUCAUUGCAUACGAUUACCUCACAUCUCUCUGGGGUGUUACAUAUGGAACAGAGGACUACUGGGAUGUAAAAUCGAAGGUGCACCUUCGAUCUGCUGAACGACUCAGGGACCUCUGCUGUGCCAACAGGGGCACAUACAUUAAAGUAGGACAACAUCUUGGGGCACUUGACUACCUUUUACCUGAGGAAUAUACCAGCACAUUAAAGAUCUUGCACAGUCAGGCUCCUCAGAGUAGUAUGCAGGAAAUACAGCAGGUGAUUCGAGAGGACCUUGGUAAGGAGAGAAAGUACCCCAAUAAGCCAGCCUUUGUUCGCAGGCAAUCUCAUUCUCCUCUUAAUAGCAAAAAGGGUGGCAAGCGAGUUUCUCCAGCUAUGGCUAUUCAGACUUCAGGGCCUCAAAAGUCUUCCUUUCGAGAUAAACCAGGUGCUGUCUGA